CAGGAACCUAGAGGGCCUGUCAGCGCCUGACUUUAUGCACAUGUAUUCUUAGUUGGGUGCUAACACUCACUGACUUGGAUGUUUCUGUCUUAAAUAGCUGACAUUGCAUCUUCAAGAUUGUGUUAUAAGGCCUAGGAAUUGAGUCUGCAGCGGCUAAAGGGCAAGACCACAUUGGUGAUCAGAACAAGCUAUAUAUCCAUCCUAUAAAGGCUACCCACCAGGAUGAUCUGAGUCUCUGAUUUUAUCUGCUACAUACAAGAAGCCCCAGAGGGGUAGAGAGGAUCAUGCCCAAGUUAGGACAACUGUCAGCAGCAUGUCAUUUGGCAUUUAACUAGCUUGGAGUGAGGGCAGUGGAGACAACUAGCACUGAUCUGAAUUACUGAAUAUAAUAUCACCAUGGAAAAAAACACGAGUGAUCUGCUUUCACGCAGCAAAAGUGCAUCUGAGGAAACACUCCACUCCAGCAGUGAGGGAGAAGAUCCAUUCCGAGGAAUGGAGCCAUACCUAGUACGGAGGCUCUCCUGCCGGAAUAUCCAGCUUCCUCCACUGGCCUUCAGACAGCUGGAGCAAGCAGACUUGAAAAGUGAAUCAGAGAACCUACAAAGGCCAACGAGCCUUCCACUGAAGAUUCUUCCGCUAAUUGCCAUCACAUCUGCAGAGUCCAGCAGGAAUGGAGAACAUUGGCAGACGCUAAGAACCAGCAAGAAAUCACCAAAUCGAAUUUCUCCAAGCAGACUGAGCAAAACAGAGGUGAAGAGGAAAUCUCCAGGGCGUGGGGGUGGUUGAGGGAGGGGGGGGGGGAUGAUUCUUAGGCUGGGAAAGGAUCAGGAGGACAAGUCUUACUCCUGACUGGCUGAAGUGGUUUUAGAGAGACAAAUAGCCUGGGCUAAUGAGGUGGGAGCUGUCCAACUUUUCAGCAGCUCCUGAGCUCCGGGGCUUUCUGUGUUGUAGAGACUACUGGCAGCUAAUGUUGGCGCUGCUGUUCCUGCUGCUUCAAAUUGCUCCCGCUCUCAGAGCGGCAGCACCGCCUAAGGAAGGAAGGGGGAACCCUUAGGAAAAGAAGCACAGCUCCACACGCCCCAGUGUCUGACUUGGGGAAUCCAGGAGCUUCACUCUGUCACCACUUCUUCGAAUCUCCAGUCCCUUUUAUAGUCUCUCCGGGCAGUGGAGACCUUCCUAGUGUUCCAUCUUUUCAGAGGCUAGUUGUUCCAGUCUCUUGUGGUCUGCAGUGGGGAACUCAGCUUUUUUUCAGCCUCUUUGCUCAAGAAGCAGCAGGAGCAGCAGGAGCAGCGGACUCUCAGAGGAGCACCCAACAGCCAAGUCCUCCAGGCUUAGCAGAAGCAACCCGGAGACCAAGAGCAAGAAUGGAGGCAGAGGGCAGCAGUGUGACGGCUCAGGCUGGCGGUGGCAGUGAGGGCAGCGAUGGGACCGGUGGUGGGGCCACACUGAAAGCCCCGAAACAUCUGUGGAGACAUGAGCAGCACUAUCAAUACCAGCUCCGGCAGCAUCAAUUCCGCCUCUUGCACCCUCAUCACCACCACCCUCCACCGCUGCCUGCAUCCCAGUCCCAGUCCCAGUCCCAGUCUCAGUCCCAGUCCCAGCCCCAAUCCCAAACCCAGACCCAGACCCAGUGUUCCUUGCAACAGCAGCAGCAGCCCCCUCCACCUCCACCACCUCCUCUGCCACCACCACCACCGCCGCCUCCCGGGGCCACUCGGGGCCGCUAUGGGGGCAGCAGUGGCACCAGCAGGGUCAGGCACAGGGGCUAUUCCGACACGGAGCGCUACUUGUACUGCAGAGCCAUGGACCGAGCAUCCUAUGCUGUGGAGACAGGACACCGACCAGGCUUAAAAAAAUCCAGAAUGUCUUGGCCCUCAUCCUUCCAGGGACUCAGACGUUUCGACGUGGACAAUGGCACAUCUUCGGGACGGAGUCCCUUGGAUCCCAUGACAAGCCCUGGAUCAGGGCUAAUUCUCCAGGCUAAUUUUGUUCACAGCCAACGCCGGGAGUCCUUCCUAUAUCGGUCAGACAGUGACUAUGACCUCUCUCCAAAGUCCAUGUCGAGGAACUCCUCCAUUGCCAGUGAUAUACAUGGAGAUGACUUGAUUGUGACUCCAUUUGCUCAGGUCCUGGCCAGCCUGCGUACUGUACGGAAUAACUUUGCUGCAUUAACCAAUUUACAAGACCGAGCACCUAGCAAAAGAUCACCCAUGUGCAACCAACCAUCUAUCAACAAGGCAACUAUAACAGUGGGUAAAAUGGCAUCACAAGACGAAACUGGAAGGGAUCUUGCCACCCCUCCUGACAAAAGACAUGCAACUCAUUCCUUUAAGGGAGAGGAGGCUUACCAGAAACUGGCCAGCGAGACCCUGGAGGAGCUGGACUGGUGCCUGGACCAGCUAGAGACCCUGCAGACCAGGCAUUCCGUCAGUGAAAUGGCCUCGAACAAGUUUAAAAGAAUGCUCAACCGGGAACUCACCCACCUUUCAGAAAUGAGCCGAUCUGGAAAUCAAGUCUCCGAAUAUAUCUCAAACACAUUUUUAGACAAGCAACAUGAAGUAGAGAUUCCUUCUCCCACCCAGAAGGAGAAAGAGAAAAAGAAAAGGCCAAUGUCCCAGAUCAGUGGAGUCAAGAAAUUGAUGCACAGUUCCAGUUUAACAAAUUCUAGUAUCCCACGAUUUGGAGUGAAAACUGAUCAAGAAGAUGGACUUGCCAAGGAAUUAGAAGAUGUGAACAAAUGGGGUCUUCAUGUUUUCAAAAUAGCGGAAUUUUCUGGCAAUCGACCUCUGACAGUUAUCAUGCACACCAUUUUUCAGGAACGGGAUUUGUUAAAAACAUUUAAAAUUCCAGUAGACACUUUAAUUACAUACCUGAUGACUCUAGAAGACCAUUACCAUGCUGAUGUGGCAUAUCACAACAACAUACAUGCUGCAGAUGUCGUUCAGUCCACCCAUGUGCUGCUAUCCACGCCUGCUUUGGAGGCAGUAUUCACGGAUUUGGAGAUUCUUGCAGCAAUUUUUGCCAGUGCAAUACAUGAUGUGGAUCACCCUGGUGUUUCAAACCAGUUCCUGAUUAAUACAAAUUCUGAACUUGCCUUGAUGUACAAUGACUCAUCGGUCCUGGAGAACCAUCAUUUAGCUGUGGGCUUCAAGUUGCUGCAGGAGGAAAAUUGUGACAUUUUCCAGAAUUUGACCAAAAAGCAAAGACAAUCAUUAAGGAAGAUGGUCAUUGACAUUGUACUUGCAACAGACAUGUCUAAACACAUGAAUCUACUGGCUGACUUGAAAACUAUGGUUGAAACUAAGAAAGUUACCAGCUCUGGGGUUCUUCUUCUUGAUAAUUAUUCAGAUAGGAUUCAGGUCCUACAGAAUAUGGUGCACUGUGCAGAUCUAAGCAAUCCAACGAAGCCUCUUCAGCUCUACCGCCAGUGGACAGACAGAAUAAUGGAGGAGUUCUUCCGCCAGGGAGACCGGGAACGAGAACGGGGAAUGGAAAUAAGUCCCAUGUGUGACAAGCACAAUGCCUCUGUAGAAAAGUCACAGGUGGGAUUCAUAGACUACAUUGUUCAUCCUCUUUGGGAGACGUGGGCAGACCUCGUCCAUCCUGACGCCCAGGACAUCUUGGAUACGCUGGAGGACAAUCGCGAAUGGUACCAGAGCACAAUUCCUCAGAGUCCCUCUCCUGCCCCUGAUGACCAGGAGGAAGGCAGGCAAGGGCAGACUGAGAAAUUUCAGUUUGAACUGACUUUGGAAGAAGACGGCGAGUCGGAUACAGAAAAGGACAGUGGCAGUCCGGUGGAGGAAGACACCAGCUGCAGUGACUCCAAAACUCUUUGUACCCAAGACUCAGAGUCCACUGAAAUCCCUCUUGAUGAGCAGGUGGAAGAGGAGGCAGUGGGGGAGGAAGAGGAGGAGGAGAGUCCGGCAGAACCUUGUGCAAUAGAAAACGAGCAUUCCCCUGACACGUAACAAACAGUAUGAAGACUGUCACUUUCUCCUUUUUUUUUUAAAGGGAAAAAAAAAGUAGAAAAUGGUUUCCAAAGUGCAUGUCACAUGCCACAACCACGGUCACACCUCACUAUCAUCUGCCAGGACACGUCUGUCGAACAAAACUGAACCUGAUUACUCAGCUUGGCACUCAGGAAUAUUGUAACCAGGAUUUUCACCUCCAUGGCAUCAGAAUAAGGGGGAAUGUCUUCAUGAAAAGCAUUUUAACAAGAUCUCAGCUUGGUAGAGCUGAUUCAGCAGCCAGGCUACUCCACCAUGUUUUCAUGGGAGUAUAUAGCUUGUCAGCCAAAGGCUGAUAUGGUUUGGGGUUUGUUUUGUUUUUUGUUUUGUUUUGUUUUUUGUUUUGUUUUUAAUUUUUUUUUUUGGAAAUAAGAUGGUAUUACAUGACAUGAAGUUUUGUGAAGUUUUUAGAAUACAACCAGAGCAACCUGAGGUUCUAAUGGAGGAAACAAGGUGUGAUGCGACACGGCAUGAGUCUGUUACCAGGAGGAAGUUGAGCCGCAGAAAUUGCAAAAUUUUCUAAUUUCAAGUCUUCCUGUUAUAUAUGACUGAACAGUGUGGCUCAAAGGGCUACACUGACCUCUACAUUUUGUAUGAUAUGUAAAACAAGAUCUUUUGUAGAGCUUACUUUUAUUAAUAUUAAAUGUAUUGAGGUAUCACCUAUUUAAAAAUAAUAUGUUCAGAACUUCAUCUGCCACUGGUUAUUUUUCCCCCUAAGGAGUAACUUGCAAGUUUUCAGUACAGAUCUGUGCUACACUGGAUAAAUAAUUCUAAUUUAAUUUUUUUUUUGCACCUUAGAAUUCAUAGCAAUCAACUGAUCUGUAGCAAUUCAUCAUUUUAUAUAGCAAUGACUUCCAUAAAAAACAAAAAUCUGAAUUCUCUAGACCCCUUUGGUAGAAUCCAGUUUACUUUCGUUUUCCUUUCAUUUAAUUCUGCUCCCAAAUGAGCAGAAUUGUAACUCCCCUGAGCACUUUCCUUCAUAGUAUAGACUGAGCAACCCUUCAGGGGGCUUUCUAAUUUUUCUAAAAGCAAACCUCACAGAAACAUCAGUCGGUGGGUUUUGGAGCAAAGUUGGAGAUAUACCUCCUCAACUGUGUGUUCAACAAGACAAUAGAGCCUUUCCUAAAAUGCACAAGAACCACACUUUAAAAUGGAUGAUGCUAUAUGCAUAUAUCCUGUUACAGCCAGCUACCUAUCCUUGGAAGGAGGCUUUGCUGUUGUCUCAGGCUCCUUCCAAACAUGUUGAAACCUAUGUCCAAGGCAAAUAGGAAAGGUCUGUCUGGUCAGGACAUUAGAAUUGUUAUGCUUUAGAAAUAAGUUUGUUACAUCAUAUUGCUCAGUUUCAUAUAUUGUUUGGAACUCAUAGGGAAGUUCUCAGCUUUCUAGAGAAAGGGCAUGACUACUUGGUUGGCUAAGUGAAUGAGGCAAUCAUUAGAAAUUUUAAAAGAAGUGUCUAUACAUUGCCAGGCCUAACUGAACUAAUACAGUUUGGUUUCUAUGACUUUUGCUAAAAGAUUUAAAGCCACAUCAAUUUGAACUGAUAGCUAAGAAAAACUUGUAAAAGAUAUUUGCUACCUGCCAGAGUUCUUAAGUCUAUGCUAAAUGUAAGAAAGGGCUUCUAUUGGGCAACAAAUGCUAAAGUCUGAAGAAAUCUACCAGUUCUUAGUUAUUACCCCUAAGGGAGGGGAAUUGGUGGUGCCACAGGUUGGGGUUAGAGGUGGGAUAUUUGUUAGAAUUAACCCUUGGUGAAGACAGAGAAAGCUAUUGUUGGAAAGAUAUAUAGGGUAUCAGAGUAGACUCGAGGGUCCUACCAUAGAAAAUAAGAAUAGGUAUCUUCCACUUGGUCCUUGUUGCUUCAGCCCUUGGAAAUUUCAUUGAGGUCUGAGAGGUUGAUAGGUUGAGGUCCAAAUGUUCACUGGGUAACCGUAAUACCUUAAUGAUAUUUUUUCAACUAUAAAUUUCCCUUCAAGUUCUGUAUUUAAAGAGCAUCUAUAAAUAGAUAGCCAAGAAAGGAGAGGGGAGAACAAAGUUGCCUAGUGAUGGGAUAAGCAACAAAUAAAACAAAAUCCAUCAGAACAAGGACCACUAUGAGAAGUCAGCAGAGAAUAAUUCCAACUGCUUAUGUGCUAGCUGGGGCAGGGGCAGGGGCAGGGGCAG